AUGCCGAGGGGUGGUCAGAAGCACAAACGCCCUAGCAAAGGGGCCCGCGAUCGUCAACGCCGCCGGGUGAAAGAGGCCGCGAACGAGGCCGUUCCGGAACUUCAGGCCGCUCCUGCGGUGCUAGACGAAUCCGUACCACCGACGGUACCCUUGCCGGCGGUCAAAUUACCAUCACCACUGACCGCCGUACCCGAACCUCCGUCACCGACACGCCCGCUUCCAUGGGUGCUGAAGGAAGCUUUACCGGGACUGCCGGGUACCGUCGAUCCGCGUAAACACAAUUAUCUCGCCAAUUGUACCUACAGUGCCACUCGACACCCGGGUUAUUUUUCAAACUCCGGGCCAACCCGCGCUUCCGGCUAUUCACCAAACAGUUUGAUUCAACCGCCUGUUCAAGAACUGCCUCCUCCGGCAACCGGGUUCGUUUGCGCACCUCUUCCUCCGUUGAAACUCGCGUCGGGUUCCAUAGAUCCGUGUCCGACAUCCACCCGACGAUCGAACUCCGUCUUCCAAGGUCCGGUCGUUACCACCACCUCUCCAAUCGCCGGCCCUUCCGGCCUUUACAAUUGUCUAGUACCACACACUCCGGAGGGACCUCUUCCUCCCACCCCGGGUAAAUGGUACCAACACACUGCGCCUCCCACUACCUCGGAAGGUUUCGCAGUCUCAGCCGCCGCUAGUAGUUCCGGCGACACUCGGUCUCUAGCGGCCGACGGCACCCCCGAAUCUUUUUCGUCAUCACUAACUUCAUCCUUGACGUCCUCACCUCCAAAAAAGGGCCGCGUCGAUCAACCGUCUUCCUACCCGCGUCGUAAUCUCGGGUUAUAA